AAUGAAAGGGUUAUCGGGCAGCCGCAGCCAUCACCACGGGGUCACCUGUGACUCCGCCUGCGACUCGCUGUCGCACCACUCGGACCGCAAGCCGUACCUGCUGAGCCCGGUGGACCACCACCCCGCCGACCACCCCUACUACACCCAGCGGAACUCGUUCCAGGCCGAGUGCGUGGGCCCCUUCAGCGACCCGCUGGCCAGCAGCACCUUCCCGCGCAGGCACUACGCCUCUCAGCAGGAGCUGAAGGACGAGUGCGCCCUGGUGCCCCGCAGCCUGGCCACCAAGGCGAACCGCAUCCCCGCCAACCUGCUGGACCAGUUUGAGAGGCAGCUGCCCCUGAACCGGGAUGGCUACCACACGCUGCAGUACAAGCGCACGGCCUUGGAGCACCGCAGCGACAGCCCGGGCCGCAUCCGGCACCUGGUGCACUCGGUGCAGAAGCUCUUCACCAAGUCGCACUCCCUGGAGGGGCCGUCCAAGGGCAGCGUCAACGGGGGCAAGGCCAGCCCCGACGAGACGCAGGCGGUGAGGUACGGCAAGCGCAGCAAGAGCAAGGAGCGGCGCGCCGAGCCCAAGGCCCGCGCCAACGCGUCCCCGGGCUGGUGGAGCUCCGACGACAACCUGGACGGCGACAUGUGCAUCUACCACGCCCCCUCGGGCGUGAUGACCAUGGGCAGGUGCCCCGACCGCUCGGCCUCGCAGUACUUCAUGGAGGCCUACAACACCCUCAGCGAGCAGGCGGUGAAGGCCUCCCGGAGCAACAACGACGUCCAGUGCUCCGCCUGCGCCAACCUGCCCGUCGGCCUGGACGCCCCGCUCCUGAAGAAGAGCGCCUGGUCCUCCACGCUCACCGUGAGCCGAGCCCGGGAGGUCUACCAGAAAGCCUCGGUCAACAUGGACCAGGCCAUGGUGAAGUCCGAGGCGUGUCAACAAGAGCGUUCCUGCCAGUACCUGCAGGUUCCUCAAGAUGAAUGGUCAGGGUACACCCCUCGAGGUAAAGACGACGAAAUUCCGUGCCGAAGAAUGCGGAGCGGCAGCUAUAUCAAGGCCAUGGGGGAUGAAGACAGUGGCGACUCGGACACGAGUCCCAAGCCUUCCCCCAAAGUCGCUGCACGCAGAGAAAGCUAUCUCAAGGCUACCCAGCCAUCCCUUACGGAACUCACCACGCUCAAGAUCUCCAAUGAGCAUUCACCCAAACUCCAGAUCCGGAGUCACAGUUACCUGAGGGCAGUGAGUGAAGUCUCCAUCAACCGAAGCCUGGAUGGCCUUGACCCUGCAGGCUUGCUCACAUCACCAAAGUUCCGCUCCAGGAAUGAGAGCUACAUGCGAGCCAUGAGCACCAUCAGCCAGGUGAGCGAGAUGGAAGUGAACGGGCAGUUCGAGUCCGUGUGCGAAUCCGUGUUCAGCGAGCUGGAGUCGCAGGCGGUGGAAGCGCUGGACCUGCCCAUGCCCGGCUGCUUCCGCAUGCGGAGCCACAGCUACGUGCGGGCCAUCGAGAAGGGCUGCUCCCAGGACGACGAGUGCGUGUCCCUGAGGUCGUCCUCCCCGCCACGCACCACCACCACCGUGAGGACCAUCCAGAGCAGCACGGGCACACUGCCUCUUUCUUGCCCCCCGCCCACCGUGGCUACCCCAGCCCUGCCCUCCAGCCAGGGUGUGCUGCCUUCUCAGGACAUCUGGAGCCCAUUAGACCCUCACCCAGGGCACCGCAGCCCACGGGAUGGGGGCUCUGACCGUCUAAAGCCCGGCAAGCCUUUCCCUGCUUUGGGGCUCUGUAAGUUGACAUACCUCUCUGAUGGGAGUCCUGGCCCCUGUGAUCUGUAUCCAAUUGUCAUCUCUUCAGUUUCUCUCUGCAUCCGGAUCAUGAUCUCACUCAACAAAUCGCUGAUGUCACUCCGUCUCACAUGUUCAAGCCCUCUUUGGGCUCCAUCUCCAACCCGCUCUAGCUCAGAAUUAACAUUUAUGUUUUCAGAGGCCCCUUAUGUUCUCAUACCUACCAGCACUUCGGGGUAUCAUUGCCCAGAUGUAGCCAUGCCUGCUGCUCCGGGAACCGUACAGAUUACAGGCUCUGCACGUGAAGGGGGACUUGGGGAGGAAUUCGUGCAAUGUGGGGCACUGAGAUCCCCGAGGGACGUCUCCCCGACAACCUCGUGUGCAACGUCUCCCUCUGGCGGCGGCAGCGGUGUGUUCACAGGGAAGGAACGACCAGCAUUGCCUGAAGUCGCUGCAGCUAAAACAUUUCCAGAAAACAGGAACUGUGUCCGUAUCUUCCGAAUAUGCCCCUAUCUUCUAAAAGGAAACAGGUGA